AUGAAAAGAAAAUUUUCAUUUUUUGUUGUUGUUUUUUUUUUGUGGGUUUAUAUCAACACACAGUCGCAUGUCUACUGGGGAACACASMKYUUUACUAUACCCAGAUCAUCAUACAUUGCAUCCCUUCUAACAGUUCUUGGGGCUGAUGCUUUAUCAAACUAUGGCAAGGGCGUGUUUGUUGGAGGAUAUCCUGGCAUCUGGCAUAACGACAAACCUGAUUUGAUUACCGAGUUGUUGACACGAAAAGAUACAAACGAACGGGUAUUACAGUACAGUAAUGACAAUGAUUUAUUCUUUAAAAAGCGAGAUGCCAUUAUCAAAGAGCUACGGAAUGAUACCACUACAGCAGAUAUCACUUCAGAAGUAUCCACUAUCCCUGUUUCACUCCCAAAAAUAAAGUUUGAAAUGCCUCGUCCUGAAACCAAAGUCAAUAUAGACGAGCAGUGGAUCGAGGAGGAAAACAAGAGAUUUAGAAAACGGUUAAAGAGAUUUGCCAAAAAGUCAACUGGUGGCGCAAUCAGAGCAUCGCGUAGCAAGAUAAAGGCGUCAAUUUUUAAAUCAUACGAGGCUGGAGAGAUAAUCAGAAUUGACAAGGUGUUAGUGUUGGUGAUGAAACCACCAGGCAGUGGGCGGGUUUCUGAACGAUGGAGAGAGUAUAUUGCUGUUUUGAGAAAAACCGACCUGGUUGCCGAGCCUUUGAUGUUGCAGUUUUAUGAUAUUGACAAGUUGCCUGAAGAAUCGCAUCCGCGAGUUGGAUUCAGGCUCAACACACAAGUUAAAGCGGACUUUUAUAGUUAUUUGGACAAGACUAUUAGUUUAACGGUGCUUGAAAAAGUGCAAUACAUCUUAAGACUCAACAACCAAACAAAUUCGUUCAGAUGGCUAUAUUUUAUAAAGGAAACAUUGGGCGUUGAGACCGAAAUUAACUUGUUUAACAUAUAUGUUCCCAGGCUACGGUAUUUUAUUGAGGUGGAAGUACCAGAAAGUGUUUUUGCCAAUCACUUUAGGAGCAACCAAAACAUAGUUGUGACAAAGCACGAGGCUGGCUAUGAAAUUGAAUGUGACGGGAUUUCCCAGUACUUGAAGCAGUUUCUUCCUAAGGGCUUGUCGAGAGGGUGGUUUUGCUUCAGAAAAUAUGAUAGGUUGGAGUGGGCAGGAAGUACCGGAGAGCAAUUGUUUAUACAGAAUAUGCUAUUUCUGCAGAAUCACCAGCUAGAAUAUAGAGAAUAUGAGGCAUCCGAUGUUCCACCCAGACCAAUAGAAGGUUUUUUGGGAAGGUUGACUAAUGUUAGUGGUAAAGAGAAAUCUGUGUUACGAGAUUUCCAUAAAAUACUGUACUUCUACACGAAUAGAAACUUAUUGUUUUUCACAAAGUACUACCGGGCAGUGCCGCCACCACAAGGAGGUGAUUCUUUGGUGAACGAAGUUGAUUUGUUUGGUGAUGGUCAUAUGGAGUGGUUGGAGUCAGACUUUGAUGGACAUAACAAAGCUAUUGUGGAGGAAAUUGGACGACGAACAGAUAUGAUAGUCAAAGCUGAAGGGGUGAUUGACAUGGCAGAUAUAUGUGAGGUUAACAUCUCACACUCAACACAAACUCAGAAUUUAGUUCACUGCGCGUUAUGGUAUUACAAGCCGGAGUUGGCGAGUGAGAAAGAGAUUGUUGAUUCUUGUUUCGAAAUACAACUUAAAUGGGGUGCCCUAAUCAAGUUGCAGGCACAGAAUCGGGCGGCUCGUGAUAUUUGGAUUACCAGUCUAAAUGAUAUGUGUAGGUACUGGAAAAGGAGACAAACAGAGACUCUUGCUAACCACAUACAGAUUUCAGCUAAUAAUAUUGAGCGUCUACUGGCAACACAAUACGCAGACUCGAAUGCUUCAGAUGAGAUAAACUUUUUAGAAUCACAACAUGCAAUAGCUUGUGGAGCAAGCAUCCCGCAUCUACUACCUAAUAUGUUGGUGAUUAAGAGUGGGUAUUUGUACGAGAAGAAUAAAAAACACGCCAGUUUCAACCACUUUUAUGUUGUGCUAUGUCCUGGGUAUUUGAUUAUCUACCACACCUUUAGGAGGUCCAGGGGGACAGGAACUCCGAAACUGACAGCAUUUUAUGAGCAUUAUAUUACUAUUCCAUUGUCACAAUGCUAUGUAUACACUGGUAAAUUAACAGAACUAGACUUGUUGAAUUGUGAAACUCGAACAACACAGGUCGAUACCCAUUCAGUCCCACGAGUCUACCCUGAUGGCUGGAAAUCCAUGGAAGAAGAUUGUGAAUUAUGUUUCACAUUAUGGUUUGGCAAAAAGAGAAACAUAAGUCAUUACGAAAAACAGCUUCCAAAACUGUUGGAAGUGGGGGUACAGAAUGAAAAAAAUCCUGGAAUGGUAACAAUGAUUAGAAAGUUGGGAAUAACGGGAAAGAGUAUUAUGUUUACAGCUAAUAGUCGACAAGAAAGAGAUCGAUGGACAAUGUGUAUAUUAAGUGAGAUGGAUCGGCUUACGGGUCAGAUGUAA